AUGGUCAAGGCGUGCGAUCCUGCCCACGUCAUUCAAGGGUACACGUACCGGUUGUCAGGUAGAUACCAAAAAAAGCCUGAUUUGAAGGACCUCCCGAGUGGUGUUGCGGAAGCACUAAUAGGGUGCUGUCUUGAUGGCUUAAAAUUGCACGCCCCGGAAUUGGAUGCCGCUCCGGAAGAAUUGAUUGAAAAUCCCACUCGUUUCUGGCUCGAUCUUGGGAACAAUGAUGCGGCAGAGCGCUCAGGAAGCGCAAGAAUCUGCGCAUGUCUUGGGAACCACUUUUGCGAGGGGCCCUCGCGCGAGCAAUGUAGGUAUACGGAACGUUGGGCAAUUUUAUGA